AUGACUUCACAACUACCGCCGGCGAACGACGAUGCUUCGUCCUGGCAAACCAAAACAGCGAACAAACGAGCAGCAGAAUACGAGAAGAUCCCGAAAGAAUGGCGUAUCGAUCAAAAGUACCUAGGCGACGAGACUUCAGACCGCAACGUUCUGAGCGUACCAAAGGAAUGCGGAAUCCUGUCUCAACCGGAGCUCGACAUUACAGAAAACUAUACAGCAACCUCUUUAGCAAAGGCCGUUCAAUCUGGCUCCCUGAAAUCCGUCGAUGUCGCUAGAGCUUUCUGCAAACGCGCCGCCGUCGCCCAACAACUCGUCAACUGCCUAACCGAAACCAUGUUCGACGACGCCCUCAAGCGCGGCGAGUAUCUGGACCAAUACCUCGCUGAGCACGGCAAGCCCCUAGGACCUCUGCACGGCGUCCCUGUCAGUAUCAAGGAUCCCUUCUCGUACGUUGGCGUGGCUUCAACAAUCGGCUUUACUUCGUUCCUCGACAACCCUCUCCCCACUGAACAUGCGCCGCUGGUGAAGAUCCUCCUCGAGCUCGGGGCGAUUCUGUACUGCAAGACCAACAUCCCGCAGACGAUGAUGACAGGCGACUCCCACAACUACGUCUUCGGCCGCGUGCUGAACCCGCACAAACUCAUCCUCGGCGCCGGCGGCAGCAGCGGUGGCGAGGGAGCGCUGGUAGCGAUGCGAGGUUCCAUCUUAGGCAUCGGUACGGAUAUUGGAGGCAGCAUCCGCAUCCCGGCGAUUUGCUGCGGGACGUAUGGCUUCAAGCCGAGCACGCAUCGUGUGCCGUACGGCGGCCAGACGUCGCCGGCGAAAGCUGGAUCGCCUGGGUUCCCGCCUGUCGCGGGGCCGUUGGCGACGUGCUUUGACGAUCUGGAGUUUUUGGUGAGACAUGUGAUUGAUACGAUGCCGUGGGAUAAGGACUCUUCGGCGUUGGCGAUUCCAUGGAGGGCGGGUGUAGCUGCUGGGAGGCCGACGAAGGUGAGGGUUGGGUUCUUGCAGAGUGAUCCUGAUUAUCCGAUCCAUCCACCAGUAGCGAGGGCGCUGGAGGAGUCGGCGAAGAAGCUUACGGAUGCUGGUUUCGAGGUCGUUGCAUUGAACAUGUUCCCGUCGCUGAAGGCUGGUAUGGAGCUGGCGUCGGACUACUACUCCAUGGACAACACGAAGUUGUUCUUGGACUUCGUCCACAGGAGCGGCGAGCCGAUUAUUCCUUCGUUACAGAAGACGAUGGAUCUGGUGAACAAGAAGCCGAAGUACAGUCUAGAGGAAGUCUUCGAUGUCAAUACAGCGAAGAUGGGCUAUAAAGCCACGUGGAACAACCUCUGGGUCGAGAAUAAGUUGGAUGUGAUACUUUGUCCUGGCGCUGCCAAUACGGCGGUGUUGCAUGAUAACUAUGGCGCACCUCCGUACACUGCCGUUUGGAACAUGCUCGAGUAUCCCGGAAUCAUCAUACCCGUCGGCAAGGCUGACGUCAAAGUCGAUACCGAAGAUCUUGCGACCCACGACCCCAAUCGAGCAUGGCAAUGUGAGGCUCCUAGAGACUGGGCCGCUGUGUUCAUCGCUGACCAGACUCCAGACAAUGCGGACGAUGUCCACGGAGCUCCGACAACCAUCCAGCUGAUAGCACGGGCUUACCAAGAUGAAGAGCUGGUGGCCGCGUCGGCGAUGAUAGACGCAUGCUUGAAGAAGUGA